CCCGCCGCUGCGCUCCGCCAUGUUUCUUUUGGGUCACACACACCACCGACUCUGCAAGAGUGCCCUAAGCAAGCGGGGCUGGUGUCUCUGGUAUGCGACUGCUGGAGUACCUGAUGGCAGAGCAUCUCCACCUGGCUGGGAACGCUGCUUAGGACAGUGAAAAGGCUGGAACACCACCACCGCCUGCAGCUUGCCAUCCGUGGUGAUGCGGACGGACCUGGGCAGGCUGCUGCAGAGAGUCAGUGUUGCUGAAGAGGCUGUUCUGGCCAAUACCCAGUUGUGCUUCUGUCCAAGAAGACUGAGACUCACCAAGCAAGGAGCAAGUAAAAUGGAUGAAGAAAAGAGAGGAAUGGUCUGCCUUCAGAAGUGGACACCUAGGGAAGAGUAAGAACUGUGCAAACAUGUAUGAUGCUUUCCUCUUAUUCUGACCCAGGCUCUUCAUUUUCACAUCAGAGGAUUUCCUGAGUCUGUGGUUUGUAUGAUAACCCAAUUUAGAUCUUUCUUCUGAGUGCUUAUCUUGCUUUCCCUCAACUCGUGUGGGCUUCUUGUAUCCACAGCAUCAGCUGGCAAGGAGUUUCAUCAGUCUGCCACUUGUGUGAAGAGCUGCUUCCUCUUCCUUGCUUUGAACCUGACUCCUGCUAGCUUAAUGUUACGGUUCCUGUUUCUUGGAAGAGACAGUGAGCAGCUAAUACCCAUCACCCGUCUACUGAUGCUUUUAUUGACCUCAGUUUUCCUUCAGUCCCCAAGUUGUCUCUUUUCUGAACAAGAAAGUCAGUUGUCUUAAGAAAUCUGUUCCUUACCUUUCAUCAACUUUAGUGCCUUCCUUUGAACUGUUCCAAUAAUACGCUUUUUGGGGAUGAAAGAACCAAAUCUGCACAAGGACUAAAGAGUGUAGAUGAACUGUGGUGGCACAACAGUGUUUCUUUUUGUAUCCUCUGUUUUUCUUAAUAGUUCCUAACAUUUGAUUUUCUUCUUUCACUGCACUGCAACACUGACUUGAUGCUCUGAUAAAGCUUGCCCAAGGACUCACCCCUGAGGGUCAUGGUUAGGUCAGAGCCCAGCAUUCUAUAUGUAUAUACCCUACCUAUGGAGCUGGGAUUGUUUUACUCUAUCUAUGAUUAAGAAUUACAAAAGACUUCUUCCCCUUCCUGAAGACUCUGCAAGAAGGUAAUCUCUUCUUCUGGGGAAGGAUGAACACCUUUCUCACAGAAAAUUGGGACUUUGCUGACCAAGGCGUGGGGAGAGGAAGAGUAAACUGCUCCUGUUUCCUGUCCGCUCCCAUAAUCUUUGUAGAGCUGCAUGUGAAUGUGAUCACAUCAUCACAAAUGAAUGGGUUGUUUCACAAAAAGUAAAAAAAAUUACUUUUUAGUUGGUGUAUGUCAGCUAAAAUUAACUUACCUCUGGCCAUGUUAGAUAAUAAUAAAUGCUAGGUGUAUAUGUGAUACAGAAAUACUGCCUUACAAAAAUAUUGCACAAAAUAUACCUAGAUGCAGUUUCUUUGUGUUGCACAGCUAGGGCAACUGUGUUGCUGGUUUAUUAGACUUAAGAAGGUAAUUAAUUGUCAGUAACUCAGUACUGGAUUAGUCAGUUGCUCCCUUCAGUGUUUUAUGUCUCAUGUCCAGUGUGGAUUUCAAACAGGGAUUCUGUUACAUGUAUGUUGACUGGGUGGAUGCUGCCUGAAUUCUUACUGUGCUAGUUCUUCAGUUUGGUUUUAAUAAAACACCAGUUCCAUAAAUUCUAAGAUAAGUUACUAAUUCUUCGAAAAGAAGAAACCGAGUCUUUCGUCAGGAUGAUGUGUUUUGUACAGCGGGCAGCCAAGGUCUUAACUCUUGCAGUGCUCCCUUUCACCAGUGGGUCUGCUAGGCUACGCAGUGUAAUUAGUUGUGACUUUUAGUGAGACAGGUGCUCAAACUAGAGAAGUGUCUUUGAAGAUAUAAUUAGAAGAAUACCUAUGACUAGCUGCGUGUCUUUGUUCUGUUUUUUUCCUCCUUGCACGUUUUUUCUUAACUGUAUCUGCUUUCAAAAAGGAUGUGCUGUUUACCAAUGUUUGAAAUGCCUUUUUUUCCUUUUCCAUAGUCCACUCAAGAGGCUUUUAGGAUAGAAUAUGAUACCUUUGGUGAACUGAAGGUCCCAAGUGACAAAUACUACGGUGCCCAGACUGUAAGAUCUACAAUGAACUUCAAGAUUGGAGGUGUUUCAGAAAGAAUGCCAGUUCAAGUUAUAAGGGCUUUUGGCAUCUUGAAGAGAGCAGCUGCUGAAGUAAAUCAAGAUUAUGGUCUCGACCCAAAGAUUGCUAAUGCUAUCGUAAAGGCGGCAAAUGAGGUAGCUGAAGGAAAAUUAAAUGAUCACUUUCCAUUGGUGGUGUGGCAGACUGGUUCUGGAACUCAGACCAAUAUGAAUGUCAAUGAAGUCAUCAGCAAUAGAGCCAUUGAGAUAAUGGGGGGCAAACUGGGGAGCAAAACCCCAGUACAUCCGAAUGAUCAUGUUAACAAAAGCCAGAGUUCAAAUGACACUUUCCCAACGGCAAUGCAUAUUGCUGCUGCCCAGGAGGUUAAUGAGGUGUUGUUACCUGGCCUAAAGAAGCUACAGAAUGCACUUGAAGCAAAAUCCAAAGAGUUUUCCCAAAUCAUAAAAAUAGGGCGCACUCAUACACAAGAUGCUGUUCCACUUACGCUUGGACAGGAAUUCAGUGGCUAUGUGCAACAAAUUAAAUACGGUGUGGCUAGGAUUGAGUCAACCAUGCCAAGAGUGUAUCAGCUGGCAGCUGGCGGGACUGCAGUUGGUACAGGAUUAAACACAAGAAUUGGCUUUGCUGAGAAAGUUGCUGCUAAAGUGGCUGAACUGACAGGUUUGCCUUUUGUCACUGCUCCAAAUAAGUUUGAAGCUCUUGCAGCUCAUGACGCUCUAGUUGAACUCAGUGGAGCUAUGAACACAGUGGCAUGUAGUCUGAUGAAAAUAGCUAAUGAUAUUCGUUUCCUGGGUUCUGGACCACGCUCUGGACUAGGAGAACUCAUCCUGCCUGAAAAUGAACCAGGAAGCAGCAUUAUGCCAGGAAAAGUGAAUCCUACCCAGUGUGAAGCUGUAACCAUGGUGGCAGCCCAAGUUAUGGGAAACCAUGUUGCUGUUACUGUAGGAGGUAGCAAUGGACACUUUGAACUGAAUGUUUUUAAGCCCAUGAUGAUUAAAAAUGUUUUAAACUCUGCAAGACUUCUUGGAGAUGUUUGUGUUUCUUUCACUGACAACUGUGUAGUUGGAAUCCAAGCCAAUACAGACAGGAUCAACAAACUUAUGAGUGAAUCUCUGAUGUUGGUAACAGCACUGAACCCACAUAUAGGAUACGACAAAGCAGCUAAGAUUGCCAAAACCGCGCACAAAGAAGGGACAACGUUGAAAGAAGCCGCUCUAAAGCUGGGAUUCCUUACGUCAGACCAGUUUGAUCAGUGGGUGAAACCUAAAGACAUGUUAGGUCCUCAGUAACCUCUGUACGGGGGAACAAAAAAGAGAAAAUAAGUGUUCUUAACACGAAAA